CGUCCUCGUAUAAUGAGGGAACGACGUAAUUGUUUUACAUAUUAUGAUGAAGUCGACUUUCGGUAUAGGUUUCGUUUGACUAAACAAUCAGCUUGGAUGGUACUUGAACUGAUUAGGAACGAAAUUCGGCACAAAACUAACAAAAACGGUGCGAUCUCUCCCGAAGUAAUGCUUUUACUAACACUGCGUUUCUUUGCAACUGGCUGCAUGCAAAGAACUGGCGGUGACCUGUGUGGCGUUUCAAAAAGUUCUUCCUGUCGCGCAAUAAGGAGAGUGUGUCACAACAUUGCAUUGUUAAGACAACGAUUUAUAAAAGUCCCCUUGGAAUUAGAAAGCCAAAGAGAAAUUCAGAGACAAUUUUAUAAAACGGCAAAGUUUCCACGCGUGCUAGCUGCCAUGGACUGCACACAUAUAAGAGUACUAUCUCCAGGUGGGGAUGAAGCGGAACUCUUCCGAAACCGAAAGAACUACUUUUCAAUUAAUGUGCAAACGCUUUGUGACAGCAAACUGAACAUCAUGGACAUCGUAGCCCCCGAUUUGAAGCAGGGGAUGCAAUAG